GCUGCGCUUCCGUGGUCCUCCUUACGGGACGCCUCCUUUGCAACCCUUUCGCUAGGCAGUGAUCGCCAACCCUGGGGUGUUGUUUCAUCCUGGCUCCUAACCCUGCUUUCGUGACCAGCCCUCCUCAUGCACACCGUGAUCCUUCCUGCCCCCCGUUUCUUUCAUCCCCAGCUCCGUCAACCCCUUUGGUGCCCUGCCCAGAUGGCUAAUGAUCUUGAGGUUGGUUUUAGUAUUAAACCUCUGAUAAAUAUCAGAUUAGCAGAUAUCAGUCAACUGGAUGAGACCACCUGUGAUCAAGCUAUUUGCCAACAUCCACACUGUUGGGAAACAAUCCAAAGGCUUCAGAGGGGCCAUCCUCGAAUUCUUGAACCAAUUUCUACAACUACCAAGAAAAGUGAUAGUGAAUUGAGUGAACUGCCAACUCUUAAAGUGGUGGACAUAGCUCUACCUGAUUCUUCCAUUUUGGCCAAGAGAAUCCACAGACCUUUUUUUCCAUAUUCGGGUGAAUGUUCUAAGUUUGACUCGCAUUUACAAAGCAGUUUCAAAGGAUCCCAUUUGUUGGGAUUCAAGUCUCUGAAAGACUUCCCAGGUCAGAGGUUUGACCAUAAGCAUCGAAAACCUGCCAAACUCCCAGUCCUGAAUUUGAAUGCAUGUCUUCCAAAAUGUCCAGAUGUUGGGAAUCUGGUUAUGGUAUGGAUGCCAAAUGGACAAGGGGGACACAAGAAACCUGACCAGAAUUUGUUUGGAUCAAGCCUGGAUAAGAAGCCACUUGUUUCCUUGAAGACCAGCAGAAUUAUUCCAUGCGAGGAGUGGAUCAGUGAAAUAGCAGAUCAGAAGAAAAAGAAAUCAUCACAAGUCCCUACUGGUGGGCAGCCCUGUUCUGCCCAAUUGAUGCAUCGAUGGCUGAAGGUGCCUCCACCAUCUCCAGUCACUCCACCUUCAUAUCCACAUCUGGAAUCCUUGCCGACCUGGGGCUAUGUAUUUCCCAGGCAUGAAUUAAUGAGUUCUUUGUCUGAGGAAGACAAAGCAUUUGCUUCUCCAAAUAUGGACCAAAUGGACAUAAUGAAUGAAAAGAACCUUUGUCAGGAGCAUCAGACAAAGCUGAUACUAGAUGUGCACAGAAUAAACCUUCAGAGUCCAGGGUCGAAUUAUCCAGUAAAUCCAAAAGUAUCACCUUCCAGAAGGCUCAAAUCAACUCCUGAGCUGAAGAGAAAAGGUCUCAAGAUUCCAGUGCAGAAAAUUAACAAAGCUUACAGAAAGCCAAGCCUAAAGAGUAUGAUACCACAAACUUCAGAGACGGAGUCCAAAGGAGAACCAAAGAAGAGCAAGGAACUUCUAGAGUUACAUCAGAUUUUAAUCAAUGACACCUUCCUGCCUCAAAGACAAUCCAUGGAAGAGGAGAUUGAAGAUACCAGUCCUGUCCAGACACAACUGUUUGAGUUCAAAGCUUGGGGAUCGAGAUCAAAGAAAAGGAAGGCUUCCUUACAUCGCAAAAAAAAGCAGUCCAGGGAGGACUCUCUAGAGCCCAUACAGAUCCCUCAACUCCAUACAUAUUCUGAUGAACAAGAGGAUGUGCCACUCACCCCACCUUCGAGCAGAGAGCCAGAAUAGGAUAUUGAAGAUGUCAGUUAUAUUGGCCAGCUCUAUCCACGAGGGUAGUCAACCCUUUCAGGAUAAGGUUGACUCCUCUGCUUUCUCUGUGGGAAGGGAGUUAAUUUCCCUUUUCUCUGGAGCCCUUAUGCAGGCCUGUGGGAGACAAUUUAUCUUAUCUCCCUUCCACCUGUUUCUGGUAGGCAAGGUGGCAAGGUAUUAAAAAGGCAGGGAAUUGAGAAAAGGUUCCUCAGCCUAGGAAGGUUGUUAAUCAAAUCUGGAUUGUUGUUUGGGAGUCAUUCUGACUUAAUAAUUAAAAUAGCCAU